ACAACUGAACAUAAGUAUUUAACCAGAUAAAACAGCAAUCACUGGCCUCUAAAAUCAGUUUCUUUUAUCACUUUUCAGUACGCAAAUCAGAAGAAAAAUUUCACUAACUAAACAAUGGGAAGUUCUUGUUUUCUCCAAUCUCCACUCUGUCAUUCACCAUUUUCUACUUCAUCAUCAUCACUAUGUUCUUCCCCAUUUACACCUUUACUUUCUUGUUCAAUAAAUGUGCAAAAAUGUAAAAAGAAAAGGUCAGUUAUGGUGUGUAUGCAAUCAGAAAAUCAAAAGGAAAGCGAUUUAUGCAACAGAAGAAUGAUUAUUUUUGUGGGGUUUUCAGUUCUUCCACUUCUUAACUUGAAGGCAAAUGCUAUCGAUGACUUGUCAAAAGAAUCUCAAGGGCAGCCGCAGCCGCAGAAAGAUGAAACAGAGCAAACAAUCCAAGGAAGUUCAGGGAAUCCCUUCCUUUCUCUACUUAAUGGACUUGGAGUUAUUAGUUCAGGCGUGCUUGGUUCUCUUUAUGCCUUGGCUCGAAAUGAGAAGGCCGCUUCAGAUGCAACCAUUGAAUCUAUGAAAAUUAAGCUAAAGGAGAAGGAAGCUGCAUUUGUUUCAAUGGAGAAGAAAUUCGAGUCUGAGCUGCUGAACGAAAAGGAAGUUCGAAAUAAUCAAGUUAGGCGAGCAGGUGAAGAGCAGCAAGCUCUGGUUAACCGAUUGAAUACAGCAAGGAGUACCAUAACUAGCCUUGGUCAUGAGCUGCAAAAAGAAAAAAUAUUUGCCGAAGAGCUCAAAUUUAAGAUUGAGGGCCUUCAAAUUGACCUCAUGCGAACGAAGGAAGAUAAGAAGAAAUUGCAGGAAGAGCUUAAAGAGAAGCUUGAUUUGAUACAAGUCCUGCAAGAAAAGAUUACUUUGCUUACUACAGAGAUCAAAGAUAAAGAGGUGAGUCUUCAGAGUAGCACCUCUAAACUAGCUGAAAAAGAAUCGGAGGUAGAUAGAUUGAGCUCUAUGUAUCAGCAAUCCCAGGAUCAGUUGAUGAAUUUGACUUCAGAAAUCAAAGAACUUAAAGAUGAAGUCCAGAAAAGAGAGAGAGAACUAGAGAUGAAACGUGUAUCAGAAGACAACUUGAAUGUGAAAUUAAACUCUUUGCUCCUUGAGAGAGAUGAAUCUAAAAAAGAGCUCGAUUCCAUUCAAAAGGAAUACAGUGAGUUCAAGUCCAAUUCUGAAGAGAAAGUGGCUUCAGAUGCGAAGCUAUUGGAGGAACAAGAAAAAAGACUACACCAGCUCGAGGAACAACUUGACACUGCCUUAAAUGAAGUAAGCAAAAACAAAGUGCUAAUUGCUGAUCUGACUCAAGAAAAAGAAAACCUUGGGAGAAUGGUGGAUGCUGAACUGGAAAACGUAAACCAGUUGAAGCAAGAUAUUGAGUUAACUCAGGAAAGUCUUGAGAAAUCAAGAAGUGAAGCUGCUGAUAUAACAGAACAAUUAGAGCUGUCGAGGCAUCUUUGUUCCAAACUUGAAGCUGAGGUUUCUAAACUUCAGAUGGAAUUGGAGGAAACAAGGACAUCAUUACAGAGGAAUAUCGAUGAGACAAAACAUGGGGCAGAGCUUUUAGCUGCCGAACUGACCACUACUAGGGAGCUUCUAAAGAAAACAAAUGAAGAAAUGCACACAAUGUCCAAUGAACUAGCGGCUGUUUCUGAAAAUCGUGAUAGCUUACAGACGGAGCUAUUCGAUGUAUAUAAGAAAGCAGAACGUGCUGCUAGUGAACUGAAAGAAGAAAAAAACAUUGUGGGGACACUGGAGAAAGAGUUAAAGUUUUUGGAGGCUCAGAUGACAAACGAGAAAGAGUUACGGAAGAAUCUGGAACAAGAGUUGGAAAAAGCUACAGAAUCACUUGACGAGAUGAACCGGAAUGUGCUGGCUCUUGCAAAGGAGCUGGAGGUUGCUAAUUCUCAUGUUUCUAGCCUUGGAGAUGAGAGAGAAGUGCUCCGAAAGUCUGUUUCUGAGCAGAAGCAAAUUUCUCAAGAAGCCCGAGAAAAUCUGGAAGAUGCUCAUAGCCUGGUGAUGAAACUUGGCAAGGAACGCGAGAAUCUGGAGAAGAGAGCAAAGAAACUGGAAGAUGAAAUGGGAGAAGCAAAAGGUGAGAUUUUGAGGCUGCGGACGCAAAUAAACUCAGUAAAAGCUCCAGUGAACAAUGAGGAAAAAGUUGAAGCUGCCGGGGAAAAAGAAAAGGCUAAGGCAACUGUAUCAGCGAAGAGAACUACCAGGAGGAGGAAGACUGCUGCUCAGCAAGAGGAAUCAUAGUUGCCUGUUUAUGUAUGACAUAUCUUACUUCUUUUUUGUCCUUGACUCGUUUGUUUCUGAUAUUUUACCGGUGUAUUAUAGUGAAGCCGGAAUUAGGACAUUGCUGUUCGAAGAAACUUCAAGCUGUAUUCUUAGUGAGUGUACAUUUCCAGGCGAGAAGUUGAACAAACAAAUGGAAUAUCAUCAUUUUUACGCAA